AUGGAAUCAAUUCUCGGUCGUGGUUAUUCAAUAAAUGAAGAAUCUGAUUUAAUUAAUCAAUAUUCACCAUUAUCAAGUACUAUUGAUGAAGAUUUAGAACAAGAUGAUGAUUUGUUCUAUACCGAAGGAGAUAAUGUUGAAGAAGAAGAAGAUAAUUCAUCUACUGUUCUAACUAGUAAUGGAACACUGUCUUCGUCAUCGAUUGAUGAAAUUAGUGGUAUGGGCUUAGGUGUUUUUAAACCACCACCAUUUAAAAUGAUGCCUAUAGAAGCAACACCACCACCAACACCAUUAAUUCCACGUCGGUUACUUGAUUCUAUAAGUAGUACAACCAAUGCUUUUCAAACUAUGACAAUUAAUACUAAUUUACCAAUAACACCACCAAGAAGUGCUGAUGUUACUAAUACAAAUUGGACAUUAGGAAGUUCAACUAAUGAAAUUCGAAAUACUAAUUUAUUAUUUCCACGUAUUAAUGAUACUACAUCAAAGACAGUGACAACUACUAAUUUAUUAACACCAGCAAGUUUUGAUCAAUAUUUUAGUAGUCAUCGUCGUUUAUCUGAUUCAGCAUUUACAUCAUCAACACCACUUGAUCAUUCACUUACUAUUCCAUCUCUAAGCGCUACAACAAAUAGACAUCAAUCAAUUUCAGCUCAACAUACUGAUGUUGUAACCAAUGAAACAAAUCAUUUAUAUCCAUAUAUGGAUCAUGUUGUUGAUGGUUUACCAUCGAAUAUUGGAACACCUUGUGCAUCAUCAACAACAUCUUGGUCAACAUUAAUUAGUUCAAAUGGUACAACUAAUGAUGAUACACUUUCAUUUUCAACAUUAUCUCGACCACGUAUUAAUAGUAAUUCAUAUGCACCUUCAACACCACAACUUAAUUUUAAACCUCUUCAACAACCGUCACCACUUCAACCAUCUUCACUGCCACCACCACCACCUCAUUUAACAAGUUCACCAUUUUCACAACGUAUGAAUGUGACAAAUUCAUUUUUUCCAGCAAAUUCAAAUCCAACACCAACAAAUGGUCUAUUUAGUCAUUCACCAUCAUUUCAUCCACAAUCACCUGUUCCACAUCAAACUCAACAAUUAUUACCAUUACCUCAACAAACACAACGUCCAUUAUGGCAACAACCACCACCACCACCACCGCUACCACCACCAUCAUCAUCAACACAACAACAGCAUCGUUCAUUACUUCCAAUUGGUAUGCCACCGCUUCAUCACCCUCAACCAUUGCAACAACAACAAACUCAACCAAUAAUGAAUCAAUUUCAAUCGAAUGAUGCUUGGCUUUUAGCAGAAAUGACAGCAAUGUUACGUCAAAAUCAACAACAACAAAUGGCAGCUUUUAAUGCAAACAUAACAUUAAGUACAGCAGCACAACAAAUUCUGGCAGCUAAUACAAAUAAUAAUAAUAAUCGACCGUUACGUUCAGAAAAAAUUGAUAUUGAAAUAAUUAAACAUUUGAUUCGCGAAGCACGAUGGAAACGACGAUGUGGAAUGAAAAAAGAAGUUUGUGUUUUUUGUCGUAAUAAUGGUGAAAAUGAACUUAUUUAUACAAGUCAUUCAUUAAAAGAUUCAGUUGGUAAUGUAACAUGUCCAAUUUUACGUGCUUAUCAAUGUCCAAUCUGUGGUGCAACAGGUGCACAAGCUCAUACAAUUAAAUAUUGUCAAGCAGCUGGUGAUGAUAAUAGACAUGUAGCAACUCCGUACGAAAAAAUGAUUCGUACACAAUGUAUGCAAACAUUUGGACUUGAUGAUAAUAUGACAGCAUCAAUGCCAGCAAUUUUUGGACCAAUUGGUAGUAGUUCGCCAGCUAAUAGUCCUGCUUCGCUUUGGCCUGCAUUGAGUGGUGGUUGGUCUGGUAAUAAUUUAUAA